AUGGCAGGGAACUCUCCACCGAGACGGAGUUCACGUGCAAGAACAGUACAGUCACAAUCGCAAUCCCAGUCGCAAUCACAUCACUCGUCCACAUCCUCGAGUCUCUCAGGUCGUCCCGAGCGGAACACCAGAUCGGUCAACAAGACAGACUCCCCUCAGAAGUCUACUCCCAGUCUUUCUGACGAGCCGCCCGACGAGUCUGUGGCGAGCACCGACGAUCUGCCCACCAGGCGGCGUCGCACCCGUGGUCAAGGACAAGGACAAGAAGACGAACGCGACAAACCACUUCCACAUCGCGACACCAUCGAGAUGGCCGGCGACCCCGACGAGUUGCUGGAGGAGGACGACGGCGCCGUUCGCUGCGUCUGUGGCUUCGACGACUACCCGGGCCCGCCGCCAGUUGAUGAUGAUAAGAAACAUGGCCCCAAAGACUCAAUUGACGUCGAGCCCCUGCUGCCAUCCGAAAUUAAUGAUGACGUGGCUGGGCUGUUCGUGCAGUGUGAUGUCUGUAAUGUCUGGCAGCACGGCGCCUGCGUCGGAAUUAUGAGUGAAGACACGACGCCUGAUGAAUACUACUGUGAGGAAUGCAGGAAAGACCUUCACAAGGUACACAUAGCUAGCAAUGGACAACGCUACUCGCACUAUUUCCCCAUCCUUCCUAACCUCCGAAAGUCCACCACGCGAUCACGAUCUCCGAAGGAGAAAGACAGCAAAGAGAGGGAAACGAGAAGUGGUCGGCAGUCGUCGAUCACACAGGCGUCCAAGAGAAGGUCUACCAUGAACAGUAGAGAUGCGGCUUAUGAUGAGGAAGAGCAGCUUCGUCUCGCCAUCGAGGCUAGUAAGGAGGUCGUCGGCGCAGACAGUGCCAUUGAGAGUACUAGUGGUAGCAGGAGAUCCAAACGUGGCCGUGACGAUAGCGAGGAGAAGCCGGAUAUUGGCAAGAGACAACGGACAAAGUCGAAGUCCCCCUCGCCAGCAGAAGACGACAAUGAGCAACCGGAUGCCCUCGAGGACUCAGAGGAGGCUGCAAACAGAAGCGGAUCGAAGAAGUCCCGAAACCUGGUGACCCGCAAUCAGGGUCAGCACAAGGAGAAGGAGCGGGAGGAACGCGAGCGCCAAAGGGCUGAAGCAGCAAAGAAGCGUAGCGGUCGAGCGGAACGCCGACGAGCUGAUGGUAGCACACCCGCAUCUACGAUUCUUGUGAAGGGGCUGGAGGCUCAAGUGGAUACAGAUUCAGACCCCUCGGAGGAACUGCCCCUGGCAACUCGGACGGCAGCCAGCCGGACGGCAGGCGAGAAGGCGACGGCGACAGCGACAGUAGCGAGUGAGAGCAAGGCGGAGACGACUUCCACAGUUGAGGCACCACCUUCGUCACAACCAACACCCGACACGCCACCAACACACACACCCGUCCAAAGCUCCUCCAAACCAAAACGGCCCCAAGCCAAGAAAGGCAAAGGGAGAAAUCAAUACACCAAGGAUCGAGACGUACGCGACGAGACUUCUCCAGCGCGCUCUCAAUCUAGAGAUGUGCAGGGACACGACGCUGGACACACACAUCAUGGAAAACCGGGCGAGGCCUCACAUAAGCCACACUCGCGGGCUAAGGGCGGAUUUAAUAGCAAGGUGUCCAUGACUGACAUGAAGCGGAAGGCCAGCGCAAUGCUAGACUACAUAUCCAGAACACAGGUUGAGAUGGCAGGAGAAACAACACCGCCCAACAACGACAGUCCCAAGACGGGCGAGGGCGUGGCUCCGCAGAGUGCCGGGAAUGGGGCCCGUUCAGGACAGAGAAAGGCGCCGGAACUCACUUCUGGCGAAUCUAACUCGACCGCUCAUGCGAUGGGUGCACAAAAAGACUUCAAGGAGCUUUCGUCCAUGGAGAUGAUGGCUCGUCUGUCGACUGACUUGGUCAAAUGGCAGCAGGAGUUCGCUUCCUGA